AUGCCUUCGCAACCGCCCGACUCUGGCUGGGAUUUCAGCUCCGUUAUCGAUCUGAUAGACUCGGGAGCCCAAGACGUCAGCAGCCCAACGCUUCGGCCUGGGGCGCCAACUAAGGCUUCCGCGCUGAAAGAUGGAGGAAUACGUCUGGGAAGCUUCUCCAAGCUAUUCGAAAGCUUAGGAUUCGCCGAUAUUGACCCCGCACCGUUGCCGCCACUCGAUCCUGAAUCCGAACUGAGUAACUCUGAUGAGGCUUUACUACCAUCCCCCACACUCGAAUCGACCAAGACACCCGCCAGGCAUAUCGAGACUUCGGACGAGCAGCCGACAGAAAACACAGGCUUGACCAAGACUCAACGGAAAAAGGCUCGCAGACGUGCCGAGAAAGAAUUAGAAGAAGAACGAAAUCGUCAACAGGCUGUUCAGGAUACCUUGGCGCAGCUUGCGGAAGAUCGCAAGCAGAGGCAGCACCAGGCACAGCAAGCGUCACUGCGGAAGCAAUUGGACGAAAUCAUCGACAAUACCACUGAGGUUGUCAAUUCGCCCGAAACGCCGUCCAAGCCUUCCCGAACACACUCACGAUCCAACGUGGGCGCUAAGAUCAGGCCUGCGACUCCUACCCCGGUACCAGGACAUGGUACAACCGAAGCCCCUCGGGCACAGCAGAAGCAGCCCAGGACGCCCAAGCCUCGCCCCAGUAUACUCAAGCGGCCUUCUGCGGCACAACCAGUAACUCCUCAGCCUCUUCAACCAGCGCCUGCUAUCAUCCCUUCCACUGCACCCGCACCCACUCAGACCCAACACGCAACACUCGGCGCAACUGCACCGCCCCAGUACACUCUGGCCGAGCCGCAGCAACCGCCUCGCGCAAUCACACCGGUACAUCACGGACUCGUUCCCCGGACCGUUCGACCUGUUACCUUGCCAAGGACUUGCUCCCAACCUGCUGUUAUUCAGCAGCCACCUACUACUCCUACACCAAAUGUUAGCUCGUUUAGCGGACGACGACCACCGCUCACGAUUAGAUCGCAGGUAGAGCGUCACUACCACCUGUUUAACAAGUUGUUGAACACUUUUCCUGAAGAUCGAAAGUGGCUGGUGUCGCCUAUGCAACUUCUCAAUGAACGAGAGUCGGCUCAUGGAUUGCAUGUUUUUGUUGAUGCCUCGAACAUCAUGAUUGGCCUCAAGGACAUGCUCCGAUACCACGGAUUGCGGCACGAUGCCUACGACAUGUCUUUUGAUAGUCUUGCACUUUUGAUGGAACGCCGUCGGCCCGUAGCAAAGAGAUUCUUUGCCGGCUCACACCGUGAAGCCAAUCCUCUGCCACAUGUAGCGAAGUUGGUCGAAACUUCCAAGGCAGUCGGUUACGACAGUGUCAUGCAAGAGCAGGUGCUCAUUGUCCGCGAAGAAUCAGAGAAGAAGAAAUUCUUCAAUGAUGUUAAGAAGAUGGGUUGGCACAAGGCUACUCAAAUGCGUGCUGAGAGCGGCAGCGACUCUGAAACGGGUCCGCCGGCUCCCAAGACCCCUUCAGCCCCGAAAUGGGUUGAGCAGGGUGUUGACGAGAUUCUUCACUUGAAGAUGUGUCAGAGCAUUAUUGAUACCGAAGUGCCGAGCACCAUGGUUCUCGCAACUGGCGAUGGGGCUGUUGCGGAGAUGUCAGACGGCUUCCUGGCUCAUGUUGAGCGGGCUUUGAAGAGGGGCUGGAAGGUGGAGUUGAUUAGCUGGGGACAGCAAAUCAAUGGUGGGUAUCGGAAACGGCAGUUCAGGUCCAAGUGGGCGGAACAGUUCACGAUUAUCGAACUCGACGAGUUCUUGGAGGAUCUUAUUGACACGCCGUAG